GAAACAGAUCUGUACAUCAGAUGGCGAAGCAGACGGCUGCGGAGGACACAACCAACGUGACGUAUCAGUUCACCGGGGAAGAUCACACCUUGGGGAACGCACUGCGGUACAUGCUGAUGAAGGAUCCGGACGUCGAGUUUGCUGGAUACACUGUUCCCCACCCAUCGGAGCCGCAGAUGAACGUUCGGGUGCAGGUCCAUCCAGGGACCACGACAGAUGCCGCCGUGGAAAGAGCCUUGGACAACAUUUCGGCGGUUUGCGAUCACGUCUUGAAGACCUACAAAAAGGCCGUGACAGCCCAUGAGAACAAAUCCUAG